AUGGGGCUAAGAGUGGCCAGCCUUUUCAUACUCUGGCUGGCUCUUUCCUACGCCCAUGAAAUAAGAAAAGGAAGGACAAGAAACCACGGCCACUAUGUCUGCAGCACUUGGGGAAAUGACCAUUUCAAAACCUUUGACGGAGACAUCUACCAAUUCCCUGGCGUUUGCGAGUAUAAUUUUGUUUCUGACUGCAGCGAUUCUUACGCAGAGUUCUCUGUCCACAUCCAGCGUACUCUGAACAGCGAUAACCACCCUGAAAUCCAGUAUAUUCUGCUAAAAAUCAAGGAUAUCACGGUGUACCUCAAACCAAAACUGGUUGUGGUGGAUGGGCGAAUUGUGAAGACACCUUACUACAGCUCUGGUCUGCUCAUUGAGAGCAAUGACAUUUACACCAAAAUUUAUGCCAAAUUAGGCAUGGUUCUGAUGUGGAAUCAGCAGGAUGCACUGAUGGUGGAGCUGGACAACAAAUUUAAUAACCUAACCUGUGGCCUCUGUGGGGAUUACAAUGGAAUUCCAAUCUACAAUGAGUUUAUCAAGGGAGAUGCAAGCUACAAUUCAAUUACAUAUGGGAAUUUGCAGAAGAUCAGCAAACCCAAUGCCAAAUGUGAAGAUCCAGAUGAAACUCAGGCUCUUCCAAGCUGUAAUGAGCAUCGUGAUGAGUGUGAGAGGCUGCUGACUUCCUCUGCAUUUGCCGAUUGUCGGUUCCGUCUUAAUUUGGAAACGUACAUCCAAGCCUGCAUGCAGGACAAGUGUGCCUGUAAUGGCAAUGAGGACUCCUUCUGCAUCUGCAGCACCAUCUCUGAGUAUUCUCGCCAGUGUUCGCACGCCGGUGGCCGACCGGGUGAAUGGAGGACGCAGAACUUUUGCCCCAAGACCUGUCCUGAUACCAUGGUCUAUAGAGAAAGCAGCUCACCCUGCAUGGAUACUUGCUCACACUUGGACAUCAGCAGCCUUUGUGAGGAACACUACAUGGAUGGUUGUUUCUGCCCUGAAGGAACUGUGUAUGAUGAUAUUACUGAAAAAGGCUGCGUACCUGUUAGCCAAUGCUACUGCAAACUCCUUGGAAAGCAGUAUGCACCUGGAGAAAACAUUUCCAAUGAAUGUGAAGAAUGCACCUGUAAUUCAGGCAGAUGGACGUGCAAAGAUUUACCUUGUCCAGGCACAUGUUCAGUGGAAGGAGGUUCCCAUAUUAGGACCUUUGAUGGGAAGAAAUACACCUUCCAUGGAGACUGUUACUAUGUAUUGGCCAAGGAUACUGCAAAUGACAGUUAUGCUCUCCUGGCAGAGCUGGCUCCCUGUGGCUCCACAGACAGGCAGACCUGCUUGAAGACUGUUGUGCUGUUAGUGGAUAACAAAAAAAAUGUGGUGGUUUUCAGAUCCGAUGGCAGUGUGCUACUGAAUGAGAUGACAGUAAAUGUGCCUCAUGUGUCAGCCAGCUUCUCAGUAUUCCAGCCAUCUUCCAACUACCUUGUUGUACAAACACCUUUCGAGCUUCAGGUGCAGAUCCAGCUGCUUCCAGUCAUGCAACUGUUUGUGACUGUGGAUCAAUCAGCUCAAGGAAAAAUUCAAGGUCUUUGUGGAAACUUUAAUGCAAUGGAAGGUGAUGAUUUUAAAACAACCAGUGGGCUGGUAGAAGCUACAGGAUCUACCUUUGCUAACACAUGGAAAGCUCAGUCCAUCUGUACAGACCAGGUGGAAAAGCUGGAAGACCCCUGCAGUCUCAGCAUUGAAAGUGCAAAUUAUGCUGAGCAUUGGUGUUCUUUGCUGAAAAACCCAGAAGGUCCUUUUGCAACAUGUCACUUAGUCAUUGAUCCUUCAGAAUACUAUAAGAAAUGUAAAUAUGACACAUGCCUCUGUGAAGAUAAUGAAGAAUGCUUGUGUGCUGCCCUGUCCUCUUAUUCGAGAGCCUGUGCUUUCAAAGGAAUCAUACUGGAAGGCUGGAGAGACAGUGUCUGCAGUAAUGAAGUGUCUGCCUGUCAAGGAAAUCAAGUCUUCCUUUACAACAUUACAAGGUGCCAGCAAACCUGUCGUUCCCUUGCUGAUGGUGAAAAGUAUUGCUUGCAAGACUUUGCUCCUGUGGAUGGCUGUGGCUGCCCAUCUGAUACAUACCUGGAUAAACAGGAUAACUGUGUGCCCGUCUCUGAGUGCCCAUGUUAUUACAAGGGAUCAUACCUGGAACCUGGGGAAUAUUUUACAAAAGAUGGAGACCGCUGUGUUUGCCGAAAUGCAAAGGUCCAGUGUACUUCAGUGAAAAUAAGAAUGAAAAGUGUAGAAGAAUGUUCUUCUAACAAGACAUUCUUUGACUGCGAUGCAUCCUCAACAUGGACUUCACAAACACCUGUACAACUUAGCUGUCAUACCCCUCAAACAAAUCAUUUCCAGACAGAGUGUGUCUCAGGCUGUGUGUGUCCUGAAGGUCUAUUUGAUGAUGGCAGAGGAGGCUGUGUUGAGGAGAAGGACUGCCCAUGCAUUCAUAACAACGAGUGGUAUUCUUCUGGACAGAAGAUAACAGUGGACUGCAACACCUGUACCUGCCAAAGAGGGGUUUGGAGCUGCACUGCCAAUGCAUGCUUUGGGACUUGUAUGAUAUAUGGAAGUGGCCAUUAUAUCACUUUUGAUGGAAAAUUCUAUGACUUUGAUGGGAAUUGUGAAUAUGUGGCUAUUCAGGAUUUUUGUGGUGACAAAAAUUCCAGCGGCUCAUUCAGCAUCAUCACAGAGAAUGUCCCUUGUGGAACUACAGGAGUCACCUGCUCAAAAGCUAUCAAAAUGUUUCUAGGGAAAACUGAACUGAAAUUGGAGAACAAAGAGUACAAAGAAAUUCAGCGAGAUGUUGGUGAUGAUGUGCUUUAUUGGAACAGGACAGUAGGCCUCUACCUCGUUAUUGAGGCUAGCAAUGGUGUGAUGCUUAUCUGGGAUAAGAAGACUACUGUUUUCAUCAAGCUGAGCCCCGAUUACAAAGGCAAAGUGUGUGGUCUGUGUGGCAACUUCGAUGACAAGUCAAACAAUGACUUUGUAACAAGGAGCGGACUGCAGGAGACCAAUGCUCUGAAGUUUGGGAAUUCCUGGAAACAGUCUCCCAUGUGCCCAGAUGUCACACAAGAGAUUAAGCCUUGUGAUUUGAAACCACAUCGGAAGUCCUGGGCAGAGAAAGAAUGCAGCAUCAUCCUGAGCGAAGUCUUCAAAAUUUGUCACUCCAAGGUGGACCCAGUUCCUUUCUAUGACGCUUGUGUUCAUGAUGCCUGCUCUUGUGACAGUGGUGGAGAUUGUGAGUGCUUCUGUUCUGCAGUUGCUGCUUAUGCCCAAGAAUGUACCAAGGUUGAGGCCUGUGUUUUCUGGAGAACUCCUGAUAUAUGCCCAAUAUUUUGUGACUACUACAACCCUCGCGAUGAGUGUGAGUGGCACUAUGAGCCUUGUGGCAGUAACAUCACAACCUGCAGGAUGAUUAAUAAUGUCAGCACCAACUUUACAGUACCAUACCUGGAAGGCUGCUACCCCAGAUGUCCUAAGGACAAGCCUAUUUAUAAUGAAGAGACGAAAGAAUGUGUGCCUGAAGAUCAGUGCUGGUGUUACAUCGAUGGAAUUCAAGUUCCUCCUGGGCAUGAAAUACCCACAGAAGAAAACUGUACAAUAUGUGUCUGUGGCCCCUCAGGAUCCAUACAAUGUAAACCAGUUCCAGGGUGUCCUUGUGUCAUCAAUGGAACGAGUUAUCAAGUGGGUCAGACUGUGGCACAAGUACAGGAUGGUGACAUAUGUAUAACAUACAUUUGUGCAGAAAAUGGUUCUGUGGUUCCAGAUAAAAUCUACCCUUGUCCAACAUCUUCUUCACCUACAGUCCUUUCAACCUCAUUUCCUACCAGUACUCUUACCACCACAGUUACCACUACAAGCCAUCCAGUGACUACAACUCCAUGCUUUGGAUUAAUCUGUGAUUGGACUGAGUGGUUUGAUGUUAGUAAUCCUGAAAAAGAUGGUGGUGACUAUGAAACAUACGAUGAAAUAAGAAAACAUGGAUACAAAAUAUGUGAAGCUCCUGAAAAAAUUGAAUGCAGGGCAGAGGAUAAACCUGAUGUGAGCUUAGAGGAACUUGGUCAGAAAGUGCAGUGUAAUGUUUCGUAUGGACUAAUAUGUAAAAAUGAGGAGCAAGAUGUAACUAUGUGGCAACUUUGCUACAAUUAUGAAAUCAGGGUAAACUGUUGUGAGUGGCAAGAAAUUCCCUGUGAGAUUACACCUACACCUAGUACACCACAGACUGCAACUUCAACCACCACCAAGACAACAGUACCUCUCACCACUACAUCCAGGAUUCCCACAGAAAUUACCACCUCGCCCACACACAUCGCUUCAACCACAAGUUCAUCGACACCGAGCACGGCAUCCCCUUCAACAAAAUCAACAACCACUCCCACUGAAAGACCAGGGGAGACUUCCACCAGCACUGCCAGCACCACGGUGCCCCCCAUCAGCACCACCAGCAGCAGCACCCCGGGGACAACCACAACUGUUCCUGGAUCAACAACACCCAUCUCUACUACUUCGAGCACAUCCACACCCACACCAACAUACACCACCACUGUACCACCUCCAGGUACUUCUCUGAUUGGGGCUCUUGUAUGUUCCUUUAGCUUGGGAGUAAUGGAGAUCCUUGAACACCUGCAUUUGUGCAUCCAUAUGGGAUCGGGAAUGGGUAUAACUACUGGGUAUCUCCUGAAACAUUCUGUGCCCAAAGCUGGCCUUUGGGCCGGCUGCUUCAGAAGUAUUGAGGAUUCAGGGGUCCUUGGGAUAGAAGGUCUUGGCUUCCCUGAUUGUACAGUGUUUCAAGGAG